AAAUCAAUGAAUUCCGUUUCCGAUGAAGUGUCCGAAGAAUUAAAUGAUUUCUCCAUGAGCAGCACGUAACGAAUUUUCUGUUCUACUGUACUACGUGCCAAAAGUGUCGAUUGGAAGUCUAAACUAUGUCAUCGGAAACCAACGAUGAUGCGAUCGUUCGUGGUACUCGCAACGAUAUCGGCAUUGAUACUGGUGUACAUCCCAUACAUAAUUCCAAUAACGACAACGAUGAUAUUGAUCAGGUGAGCACAAACUCCAGCCUUGCUCCUCCCGAUGCGGAUCAAAUUCUAUCCAACGAUAUCGGCAUUGAUACUGUUGCACAUCCCAUACAUGAUUCCAAUAACGACAACGAUGAUAUUGAUCAGGUGAGCACAAACUCUAGCCUUGCUCCCCCCGAUGCGGAUCAAAUUCUAUCGGAAGAAAUGAUGAAGUUAUCGAUGAAAGAGAGAACCAAUUUUCAGGAGGAGAUCCACGGUGUCCGUUGCUUGGCUCCAGAAGAGUCACCCUUAUUUCUCAGAGAGUCUCUAAGGAAACUUGACCUGAAACUCAACGAUCCGAUAACACCGAUCGAUCAAAGGAAAGGUUACCUCAAAAGCCAAGAAUUGUUUGUCAAACGAAACCUGCCCACCUACGUCAACACAGACAAGUUUCGGCUGCGGUUUCUGCGGUGCGAAACCUUUGAUGUGGAAAUCGCAGCCCAACGCAUUUUCAAAUAUCUGAAMGUCGUCCUGGAACUCUUCGGCAAUGUAGCACUGCAGCGACCAAUCCGGAUGACAGACUUUAGCAAGGAAGAGCUCCGAAUCUUUCGGAAGGGCCGGUACCAGUUCCUACCAUAUCGAGAUCGAUCUGCUGGGACCCACGGACGACGCAUCCUAGCGGUAUUUCCAGAUGAAGAAUGGGAGGCAGCAACAUCCGCGUUACGAACCAAAAUUUGGCUCUACAUGACGUACGUAGCAGGAGAAGAUCUGGAGGCCCAAAAAAGCGGAAUUGUUGUCCUUGUUUGGUUCGACUCGUCUUGGAAGAACAUUUCCAAGAAUCCCCAUGCAAAUACAGACAGUCGCCGGUUUGUUACAUUAGGUACACGCGCGAGUUCGGUGCACCUAUGCACACCCGAUUCACACCUGUAUCGUAGGCGGCGGAGCGCAAUUGUGAUGAGAGCCGGUAAAGAAAAAUCAAGGGUCAAGAUUCACGUAGGUACGUACCCCAAUUUAUAUUGUUCCAUUGAAUCGAGCACAAGAUAACCAACCCCUAUGCAUGCAUGCAUGCAUAUUCCUGCUAAAAUAUAUACUUUCCUGCCACACCGAGACUCUAACUUUGUAUCGUCACCAACCGUCUCUACCUCGCGCUUCUAGGACAUUCGAUGGAAAUAAGGUAUAUACUGCAGGGCUUUGGAAUACCGAUUGAUUACAUUCCCAUCUCAUUCACUGGGACAGUGAAAGAAAAAUACGUAAAAGAAUGGAUCCGGCUACGUGUUCUGAUAGAAGAAAAACAGGACCAGACCGGAAUAUACGAUCCUAUAAAUUCUAUUAUCGAGUCUCCCUAUCUACAGGACAUCAUAUUUCGGAACGGAACAUCCCUUACGUCACAUCCUGCCAAUGCUACGCUGCGGAGCCUAGUAGUUGCCAAGUGCAACGAAAAGGGCUACGCCAACAAAAAAGCAACAGAACUGGUCGUGGAUAUUGUUGACGAACUUAAGCAGCAGCAGAAUGCCAGUAGAAGGCAACACGAAGUCGCAAUUGGUCGAAGUGACUCUGGCUGGAGCGGAUGCCGGUUUUUGAUUUGGAAUGAAAAAGAGUGCUAUUGGAAACCGGUCGAGCCCGAAAAUGAAGAGAAGGAAAUUCACAAGAAGAUAACACGGAUGGUAAGAGAGACUCGAAGCGUGAUGUCCAAAAAUGACGAGGAAAAAGGAGAAGAAACGAUGUCCUCCUCUUCGAAGCGGGCAUCGAAGUCAAUGAUGUUGCAGGAGCAGCAAGUGGAUCCCAGUUUUUUAUUUGUCGAAGGGCAAGGGGAAUUGUCAAAGAAACGUCAACGAGUAUGAUUUCCAGAAAUGACAUUUAAAAAGUGCGGAGAUGAUUGAAAUUGUUUGGUUGAGUUUAACUCUCACUUGGACGAAGACCUGCUCUGGGAAAGGUAGACACUGGAACCUUUUGGUAUUGAUAAAAUAGAAAUACGUUUGAUUU